AUGCCGCUCUGUCUCACCUUCAUUGACUUAAAGAAGGUCUUCGACUCAGUUGAAACGGAAGCGGUCGUGAAAGCCUUGGACAACCAAGGCGUCCCUACUCAGUACAUAAAGAUACUUCGAGAGUUGUACAGUAACUUCACGACCGGAAUUUCGCCAUUCUACAAGAACAUCAUCAUUGACGUGAAGAGGGGGGUCCGACAGGGUGAUACAAUUUCACCCAAAAUAUUCACAGCCACCCUCGAGAACGCAAUGCGAAAGUUGGAAUGGGACGACAUGGGAGUGAAGGUUGAUGGUCGGCAGCUACACUAUAUGCGCUUUGCUGAUGACAUCGUACUGAUAACACCUAGCAUCAGCCGGAACGAAUGCUGA